UCCGCCGCCGCCUGGCCGGGAGGCCCCGCUAGCUGCCGCUCGCCAUGGCGGGCGCGCUCAGCGGUAUGUUCGCCAGCCAGGCGCCGGGGCCGCCGCCGCCGGGGCCUCCCGGUGGGCCUGGCCCAGCCGGCCUCAUCCCGCCUCCGACGGGGCCGCGCAAUCUCAACAACACGCUCGUGGACGAGCUGGAAGCGUCCUUCGAGGCCUGUUUCGCCUCGCUGGUGAGCCAGGACUACGUGAACGGCACGGACCAGGAGGAGAUCCGCACCGGUGUUGAUCAGUGCAUCCAGAAGUUUCUGGAUGUUGCGAGACAAACUGAAUGCUUUUUUCUACAAAAAAGACUGCAGCUAUCAGUGCAGAAACCAGAGCAAGUAAUUAAAGAGGAUGUGUCAGAAUUAAGAAAUGAAUUGCAGAGAAAAGAGGCGUUAAUUCAGAAGCAUUUGAGUAAACUGCGACACUGGCAACAGGUCCUGGAAGACAUCAGUGUACAGCACAAAAAGCCUGCAGAAAUGCCCCAAGGCCCAUUAGCCUACGUAGAACAAGCAGCUGCUGCUCUUCCUGCUCCAAUGAAGCAAACAUGAUCUUUGAUUUCCCAUACCUGAGUAUUUUCAGCAGUGCAAAGCAGUGGUGGUCUUUUUGCUCUGUAUGCUUUUUGUAUAAUGAAAUUUGUACUACAAGAACCAAUUAAGACAGUUAAGCAAAAUAAAUUAUCUUUGUUUUUUAUCCAUAA